AUGACCUUCUCACACGGCGAGGACGUGGAGUACGGGACCCCGCCAGCAUGUCUGCAGGCCGUUAGUCGUCUCAACGCACAGCCCUGUCCAGGCGGGCAUGGGGUUGUUGUGUUGUGUGUACGUGUGUGUACGUUUGUGUACGUGUGUGUGUACGUGUGUGUGUACGUGGGUGCUCACCGCUGUGUGUUCCCUUCCUCCGUUUCAGACAAAGCAAAGGUGUCAAACUGCAGAGUCAUUGUGCACUGUCUCGCUGGGAUCUCUCGCUCAGCCACCAUCGCCAUCGCGUACAUCAUGAAGACAAUGGGCCUGUCAUCGGACGAUGCCUACAGGUUUGUGAAGGACAGGCGGCCCUCCAUAUCCCCCAACUUCAACUUCCUGGGCCAGCUCCUGGAGUUCGAGAAGGGCCUGCGGCUGCUGCAGGCCUUGGUCUCCGGGGCCGACGCCCGGGGCUCGGAGGGCCGGGGCCCGCCGCCGCCGCCGCCGCCGGCCGAGCUCAACGGCUGGACGGGGGACGGCGGGGAGCUGGCCUCCUCGGCGGAGCCCGAGCUGCCCUCGCCCGCCUCCCUGCGGCACGGCUUCAACGGGCUGCACCUCUCCGCCGAGAGGAUCCUGGACACCAACCGGCUGAAGCGCUCCUUCUCCCUGGACAUCAAGUCGGUGUACGCCCCGAGCGGCCCCCACAACCAGCGGCUGGUGCCCGCGCACCCGGAGGACGUCCCGAAGCUGUGCAAGCUGGACAGCCCCGGGACGGGCUCCUCCGCCGGCGUCUGUCCGCAGUUCUCGCCCGGCGUCCCGGACAGCCCCGGGUACCUGGAGUCGCCCUUCCCGUCCCCGGCCUGCGGGGGCAGCGUCGGCGGCCUGGGCCCCGGCGCGGCGGAGGGGGGGCCGGCGCGGUCGGCGGGCUCCUCGGCGGCGUCCCGGCCCCGGAGGAAAGCCAAGCACAGCAGCUCGGGCAGCAGCACCAACACCUCCCCGGUCCACUCCCACCCCCCCGCCCAGCCCCCGGGCCAGCGGAGCCCCGCCCUGGACGACCCCCUCAAGGGCUCCCUGCUGCUGCCGCUGCCCGGGGCCCCCAGCGCCGCCGCGGGGGCCAUGUGGACCAAGCACCGCGACACCGUCCAGGCAACCACGCCCGUCACGCCCACCGCAGACGCACCCUGGGCCUUCGGAGCGGAGGAGGGCGGCGAGGGCGGGAUGGAGCUGGGAGGAGGAGACGGCAGAGAGCCGUCGUCCGCGCCGUCGUCCUCCGUGAAGUUCGGCAGCAGCUCGGCCUACGUGGCCUUCGGCUGCAGCGAGGGCGGGAUCCGCCUGCUGGACAAAUCGCCGCCGCAGCGGGAGCGCCGCAGCCCGGCGGCGGCGGCGGCGGCGGCGGCCGUGUCCAACGGCACGCCGGCGUCCGGCUGCAGCGGCCCGACGGCGGAGAAGCAGUUCAAGCGCCGCAGCUGCCAGAUGGAGUUCGAGGACGGGCGGAUCUCCGACACGCGGUCCCGGGAGGAGCUGGGGAAGAUCGGGAAGCAGUCGAGCUUCUCCGGGAGCAUGGAGAUCAUCGAGGUGUCCUGACAGACAGCGGGCCCGGACGGCAGAGGUCGCCCUCGCAGAAAAGCUUGGAGGUGGUUAGAAGAGGAGUAGGGAGGGGAGGACGAACACAGGGGGCUAGGGGGGGCGAGGGGGGGGGUGUACAGUUAGUGUAGGGUGGGGCUAGCUAACCCUAACCCUAACUCUAACCCGAGGUGUACAGGACUCCUGCAGGGGGGGAGACGCGCAAAGAGCCGUGGGUGAAUCAUCAACGACAGCCUGCCAGCCAAACGGCCGCUGGCGUCUGCUUUCAUUGACACGCAGACAGACAGACAGACGGACUGUGAUACCCCCACUGGAGACCACCCCACAAAGGUGGUCUACGGUCAGACGUAUUGUGCUUAAACGAUGAUGAACAGCUUCCAACAUGAGCCCCUUUGUUUCUUUCCUACAGCUUCACCUCAAAGCUCCCCACCCCCCCCCCCCCCCCCCAUAAGCAUGACUGUGCUAGCCUGCUACACAUGCUUCUGAACACUGUCCACGUCCAGGAACAUUGAACAAGGACGCCGGUGGAGCCCUGUUUGUAACACCACUGCACAAAAAACGGACAAACAAUCCUCCCUUCUGGUCCGCGGUGUAGCCGACACGAGGCGGGACCAAAACACACGAAUGAAGGAUCCCUGGUGUUCUCAGAGCUGUCAGCGAACGGACCCUCCGGUGAGGUUGCACCCCUUUCCAUUUAAAGCACAGCCUGUUUCAGUUUUAUUUUGAACGGACGACAUGACUUCUCGGAUCAUGUCUGUAUUUUAGUGCGGUUCGGACUGUAAGAUGUAUUGCCAUUUUUGCAGGGGGGGGGGGGGGGGGGGGGGGGGGCUUAGGUUUAAUGACUCUUCAGCAUCGUGAAGUUGUGUAUGCGCAUGUAUCGCUCCAUGAAUCCUAUGUACACCCCCCCCACCCCCCCCUCUUCCUUCUACUUCUCUGCUCCAGAUCACAAGUGAGCAUGCUCCUGAAUCUGACUACAGACCGACAAAUAAUAUAUAUAAAUAUACAAAAUGAACCUAUAGCGACUUUAAAGGACUUUUUUCACUUAUGGUUUUAAUUUAUUGUAUCUGUUCAUUCUGGCAAUGAGAAUAAUAUAAUGUUUUGUGGACUUUUUUUUCUUUUUGAUGAUUUAUUGUUGUUAUCAUUGUUGAUGUUAGUAUUAUUUGCUGUAUUGUAUUUAUGAUCACACACUCAAACCACACACACGCAUUAUAACAAACCCUGUCAUGAAGCCAGACGAGAUAAUGUCUGCGUUACCGCCAUUGGAAAAGACACUCAUUGCUCUUGGGUCCGUCAUGGCUAAGAAAAAACGAUGUUCAACUCCCGACAUGCGACCUGGUCCAUCCUUCCACCGUUUGCACCCGGUCAGCACCGCACAGCGUCACAGGUCCGUCGUGCGUGGCUCUACGCGUGCAUCGCCCUCGGGUGCUCCUGCAGUAAGCCAAACCAGAGCACCCCGUGGGUCCAUCAGCUCAGCUCUUUGUUUUACUCACCAUCCAAAGCUUUGGUUUCUUUUGAAACACACACACAUACAGUCACACAGACACAGACAGAGACAGACACACACACACACAGCAAAAUGGAAACUAUUUCCUUCCUUCUUUUUUUAUGAAGGGAACAUGUGUAUCCCAAGUUGGUAGUAAGGCACUCUCCUGGUGUGAGAUGUUAUUUAUUUAUAAUGUAUAAUGUAUGUCUUUUUCCCCUCACUAUCCCCUACUGAUGAACUAUACCCUUCGAUCUCUACCCGUGGACUCCUGUAGUCUGCAGACUGCACAUCAAUAUCCUGUGUUUUGUUGACCCAUGACCCCCCCACACCCCCAUAAGGCUGAAGGUUCAAGCAGCCUCUCCUGUCAGUGCUUAGUAUAUUUUGAAGAUGUUAUGAUUAUUUAAGACAUGUAAUAAAACGAUGCAGGCUGUCCCAAUUGCUAAAAUUGUUGGUAUUGAUGUUUUUAUUAUUAUUAUGAUUAUUAUAUUAUUAUUACUAUGUUGUGUAAAUAGCAAUGUAUCUAAGGACAUGAUAAUGAAUUUAGGUGACUUUUUAAAAAGAAAAUCCUUAAACCUUAGGCUGCUUGACGCGAAAUACCUCAGGAUCUCAAGAAAGGCUUUUUCCUCCCCUGUACAUGUUUUGUGAAAAUGCGAGAAAAUACAGACAUGACAAAAGAUGA